AUGGGUCGACGCGCCCGCGGAGGGCGAAAAAGAGAGGCAAAGGAAGUUGCUACGAAGGAAGAGGAGCGAGAUGAAUCAGGAGCCGGAGAACCCUCCAGUGAACAAGUCACAGACGUGCGCAGGAAAAGGAGUAAAACCAAAGGGCAGAAAAAGUACAUUGGAGCUCAUGUUUCAAUAUCAGGAGGGAUAUGGAAAGCAGUUGAAGCAAGUGUGGAAAUGGGUGGGCGCAGUUUUGCCCUUUUCUUAGGUUCCCAGCGCUCUUGGCAAAGGCCUGCCCUCGAUAAAACUGCUGCAGUCAAAUUCCAGGAGGCCUGUUCUCUACAUGGCUUUGAUCCAGCUCACAUCCUGCCACAUGGAUCCUAUCUGAUGAAUUGUGGCUCGCCGAAAGAAGAUGUGUUUGAGAAAAGCCAGGCCAUGUUGGUUGAUGAGCUGAAUCGCUGCAGCAUGCUGGGACUUAGUCAGUUUAACUUUCAUCCUGGAGCAUCUAUGGGUUUAACCACAGAGCAGUGCCUGGACAAGAUUGCUCAAGCUAUCAACCACGCACACCAGCAAACUCCUGCCGUCAUUACCGUGCUAGAGAACAUGAGUGGUCAGGGCAGCACAGUGGGCGGACAGUUCGGCGAGCUUAAGGGCAUAGUCGACCGAGUCCGAGACAAGACGCGUGUCGCGGUGUGUCUGGACACGUGCCACGCCUUUGCUGCAGGCUAUGACCUCUCUGCCGCGGGAGGGGUGAAGUCGGUGCUAGAGGAGUUCGACCGGGUGGUUGGUCUGCCUUACCUCAGAGCUAUCCAUCUCAAUGAUUCAAAAGGAAAAUUGGGCUGUCAUCUGGACAGGCAUGAAGACAUAGGGCGCGGCGAGAUCGGCCUGUCUGCCUUCCGUGACAUCGUAAACGAACCUCGACUAGACAACAUUCCCCUCAUCUUAGAGACGCCAGGACGCCCAGGGUUUGAGUAUGCAGAGCAAAUAGAACUGCUCUAUUCUCUGUGUGAGAGCUAA